AUGGCAGAAGACACCAAGACCAACAUCAAGAACGACCGAACUGCGCCUUCGGUCACCCGCUUCCCCAACCAGAACCAGACCAGGAACUGCUGGCAGAACAACUUGGACUUCCACUGCUGGGAGAAGGCGAUGAAUGCCAACGGGGGUGACGUCUCCGUGUGUCAGUGGUAUCAGCGUGUGUACAAGUCCCUCUGCCCCAUUUCCUGGGUGUCCACCUGGGAUGACCGCUGGGCAGAAGGCACAUUUCCUGGGAAGAUCUGA